GCCACCAGCUCAGUCGCCUUCAGGCCGUCUGGCUGGCAACACGUCCGUUUGGCAGUUUCCAACCGAAUUUUUUUCCCGUUCACAUCCUCGCCGUUUUGUUUCGGUUUAGCCAGAAAACGAACCCUAAAGGACUCGGGGGGCAACACACAAGUCCCGCGUGAGUGUUUUUUCGUUCACGAAACUCGACAACUGUUUCUGGCGUCCGUGUGGUUGUCGUUUUUUGGUUUGUUUCAAAAACUGUCGGAAGAGAAAAAUUUUGUCGAGUCCGUUUUUCUGUCGGCCAUUGACACCGAACGCGAUCAAGGCCGAUUACAACCGACACCGUACAACAAACCACACUGUGCCGGCCAACAUUCGACCAAGAGAGAGAAGAAAAUAGCCGGCCAGCGUGAAAUGUGACUGGUGGCUGACGAAAAAAAAAAACAAAAUUUAUUUUUUAGUGUCUGUUGAAAAGACGUUUCGUGAAACUGAACGACAAAACCGGCAGAGUAUUUUUCAGAAGGAAAAACUGUCGUUGUUGUUGUUGUUGUUGUCGCGGUAAAAAAAGAAAUCGAAACGGACAGUUUUUUUUUUCUUCCUGGCCGGCUAGAGAAUCCGGCAGCCGCAGUUUUUUUUUUAUUCUUCAUUUCUUAUUUUAUUUAUUCGUGCGUGACUUGUGUGUUCAUUUCGGUUGGGAUGUUUUGUGUUGAGCCCGUGCAAUGACUUGCGAGGACUGUCGGCUGCAAAGUGUUUUGUCCGUCGGACCGGCCGUCCAGCGCUGACCGAGAAAACAACCCCCCAAACCACCCAAAACUGAAACUAAAAAAUAACUAAAUUGUCGUGCGUGCGUGUGUGUUCCUCUCGUCUAGAGAGAAGAAGAAGAAAAAAUUAAAUUUGGUUUUCGGGAAUACGAGAAAAACUAUCGGAGGAAUGAAGAUGGCGAGAAUUUUAAUGGCCAUGUCAAAUCAUCCCGUCACGAUUAUUGUGGUGGCACUUUUCUGGAUUUCCCUCAGCGUCGCCGGCGCAGCGUCUUUUUACGGAUCGAGUUACAUCGCUCUGCCGCUGCAGGAGGCCCGCUCGACGACGGAUCUGAGCUUCCGGUUCCGGACGUCGAGGCCGGACGCUCUUCUUUUCCUGGCGGCCGGACGGACCGACUAUUGCCUGGUGGUGCUGCAGGCGGCGGCCCUCAAGGUGCGCAUCAACCUGGGAGCCGGCGAAGCGGAGGUGGCCACCCCGCGCGGCCUCCGCCUCGACGACUUGGCCUGGCACGACGUGCGCAUCCACCGCAAAGACGCCGAUUUCACGCUGACUGUCGACGGCCUUCACUCAUCCAAGUUGAAAUUGCCUGGCCGUUUCUACGAGCUCAACAUUCACUACGGACUCUUCGUCGGCGGACUCGGUGACUUUCGCGAAAUUUUUCUCGGACUCUGGGACAACUUCCGCGGAUGUCUCAACGACCUCCAGUACAACGGCGUCGACGUUUUGACCAAAGUCAAAGAUCGCGACAAGACCAUCGCCGGCAGCGCAUCAUCCACCUCGACGGCUGUCGUCCAGCAGCAGCAGCAGACGGACGGAAAUGCGGCGGCCGCCUUCGCCGUCAGCUGGGAUUGCAGCGCCGAGUUUGACGCCACGUCCGAGAAGGACAUGAGCUUCCUGUCGGCCGACUCGUACGUCUCGUUCGGCGGGACGGGCAUCGCCAAAACCGGGUCCACCCUGCGAUUCCAGCUCAAGACGCAGAGCCGCGACUGCGUUUUGCUCUACAGCAGCGGACCGCCGGCCAAGCCGGACUUUGCGGCCGUCGAACUCGUCGAGGGACAUUUGCGAGUCAGCCUGGACGCCGGAGGCGGAAGCGCCGUCGAUCUCUUCAGCGAUCAGGCCGUCAACGACGGGCUCUGGCAUCAGGUGGAGCUGCGGCUGGCCGCCGGAACGGUUGAAUUGAAGAUUGACGGCAAAUCCAGCUCGAGCAGCAGCAGCAACGUCCGCGAUUCCGGAUUCCUGACGUCGUCGCCGUCCAACAAAUACCUGGAGCUGAGCGGACAAAUCUAUUUGGGCGGGGUGGAAGCGGCCCGUCACGCCAGGGCUCUCAUUCAGGGCGUCCGGACGGCCAACAGCAGUCUGCGCGGCUGCAUCCGGAGACUGGAAUUGGACGGCCGUUUGUUGGGUCUCCGCGACGCCCGGGUGACGCGUCACGUCGCCGCCGAUUGUCAGUGGCAUUACCCGUGCACUUCCAUCAAUCCAUCGCCGUGCGUCGACGGGGCCCAGUGCUCCCAGGACGGGCUGGAUCAUUUCCGCUGCGAGUGUCCCCAGCAGCCGUGCACCAAACCGGAAUUCAUCAACUACAAGGCGGCUGUCACCAGCAGCAGCACAUCCGUCAUCACCGGGCCGGCCUCGGGUUCCGACACCCAACCGCCGGUCCUCAAUCUUUCGCCUGUCCAGGUGACGGAAGGAGGUUCCAUGACGCUGACGUCGCGCCACCUGCAAGUGCAGCUGGACUAUGAGAAAUUCGGCGUCCGUGAAUCGGGCGUCAUGUUUCACGUGGUCAGGCCGCCGCAGUACGGCCGGCUCUUCUCGACGCUUUGGCGACGAGCCGACGAGGCCACUUUCACCCUGCUGGACGUCCACAGCGAUCGGGUCCGCUACGUUCACGACGGGUCUGAGACGCUGCGCGAUUCGGCCCUGCUGGAACUGGAGCUGGCCCCACGACAGGGAUUCCUCCUGCCGGCCUACCUGCAAAAGCGCCAGCGCUUCGUCCUCCAUUUGUCCGUCAGCCCGGUCAACGAUCCUCCUGAAUUGUCGCUAUCGCCGGGCAAGGCCGUCCUCCGGCUGGUCAAACACACCCGCAAAGCCCUGACGGCCGACCUGCUGGCCGCCUUCGAUCCGGACAACCAGCCCAAAGAUCUUCUCUAUUCGGUUCUCAACUCGAAGAGCGACGGCGACAUGGAAGGUUCCAUCGAGAAUAAAAUGCAGUCGGGCGUGGCCAUCAGUAGCUUCACUCAAGAGGACGUCAAUCAAGGGCGCAUUUGGUACGUUCAUCGCGGGUCGCCCAAUGGCCGGCUGGCGCUGCGCGUGUCGGACGGAGCCGAGAGCGGACCGACGGCCGUCCUGCGGAUCGCCGCCUUUGAUCUCCAACUUUUCCUGGCCAACAACACUGGGCUCCUGGUUCCCGUCAACGGGUCGGCCGCUUUGACGGCCGCCAAUUUGACCUUUAGCACCAAUGCCCCGGAUCAAGAGCUGGACAUCCGCUAUGACAUCACCCGGCCGCCGCAGCAUGGGCAGAUUCAAGCCUGGCGAUCUGGGCGCUGGCAGUCCAUCAACUGGUUCAAUUCGGGUCAAUUGCAGCGGGCCGAGCGCAUCCGCUACGUCCACCUGCCGACUGGAUUCCAACCGCCGGCCAGCCAGGACGAUUUCCAGUUUUCGGUCUCGGUCGCCCUGGAGGUGGCCGAAGUCUUCCGCUCGCCCAUCAUGUACCAAUUUCGGUUCCAGCUGCUGGACGCCGUGUUGCGCGAGGAAAACAAUCGCGGACUGGCCAUGACGGGCGGAUCAACGCAGUCGGUCGCCAUCGGGUCGGCCCAGCUCAAGUUCGUGGUCGAGCCUCAGUCCAGCGCCGAGGAGGAAGUGGUUUACACUCUGCUGGACCCGCCGCUCUACGGCUCACUGUGGAUCCAGUCGCAGUCGAGUCCGCUGGACACGGGCUCCAAGUGGUCGCAGAGCCUCCUCAACUCGCAGCGACUCCACUACCGUUUGGCCCGUCGGACGCUGUCGUCGCUGGGCGAUGGCUUCACUUUCCGCGUGGCUUCGUCGUCGGGACUCGCAUCGUCCGACCUGCAUCGCUUCGAGAUCAACUACGCGCCGGGCAACGACACUCCCACCACGGCCGCCGUGACUAUCGGCGAGCUGUUGGUGAACGAAGGCGAAACGGCCGUCCUGCAGGCCAGCCUAUUGGGCUUCUCGCUGCCGAUGGCCAUCAAUUACUCUGUGCUGGAAAAGCCUCGCCACGGCCAACUCAAUUUGCUGGACGUCGGCAAGCGAUCCGUGAUGCGUAAAAACAUCAGCUGGUUCGGCUCGGAUGAUCUAACUGAUCAAAGGAUCGUUUACACGCACGACGACAGCGAAUCCAUCACCGAUCAAUUCUUGUUUCUCGCCCGUCCACGACUCGCCCCCGAUGAUCCCUCGAAGGAUUUCCAAUACGUUGGCACGUUUCCCGUUCGCGCUCACAUGAAGAAUGAUAAUCCGCCCGUCCGUGUCGGUGAUCAAGUCCUCCGUGUCGUUACCAAUGGAGAGCGUCGACUCAGUCCCGACAUCCUAAGAUACAUCGAUCCGGACGUGGAGACCAGCCCGGCCAGCAUUGUCUAUUCACCGCGCGGAGUGCCGAACGGGGCCUUUUAUCUGACGGACAGACCAGACGUUCAAGUAUUCCAGUUCAGUCAGGAAGAUGUGAAUGACGGUAAAAUUCUCUUCCGGCACGUCGGAAGCCCGUACGGACGCACUACGCUGUGGGUGACGGACAAUCAGUAUCACGUUACCGGAACGCUGGAAGUGCAGGCGUCGGAGCCUUUCCUUGAACGGAUUAACCAAACGAAAGUGACGGUGCGGCGCGGGCAUUUUGUUGCUCUAGGCGUUGCCCAGCUGGGCAUGGUUUCUAAUCUCGACUACGACUCGAACGAGUUGGCGUUUUACCUGCUGGACCAGCCGCAGCACGGCUUAGUGCAGAUGAACGGCUCGACGAUUUUGAAGAUGGAAUCGUUCACCCAGGAGGAUCUCCUGGCCGGCAAAGUUACUUACGAGAACAAGAAUCAGACGGACGGCAAAGAUUGGUUUAAAGUGCGCGCCGUACUCAGGCGGGUAGAGUACGAAUGCGUCGUCGAGGUGCGCAUCUACCCGGAAACCUAUUGGCAACCCAUGAAGGUGCUUCAAAACGAAUUAGUCACUGUGGAAGAAGGCACAAGUUUCACCAUCGACUCGUCUUCGUUGAAAAUCAGCCACCCGCAAGGCGUCAACCGGCUAGACGUGACGUACAUCGUCCACCAACCGCCCCUUCACGGCUAUUUGGAGGUGGAUCGAGACGAGCACGAGUACGAGGACCUGGUGACGGGACGCAGUGCCAACCUACUUCCGCCCGAAGUUCACCUCUUCGACCAGAGUGCCAUCGACGAGCAGCGUUUACACUACAUCCAGUCGGGCGCCAAUCAGAGCUCGGAUUCCUUCGUCUUCGACGUCACCAACGGCGUCGUGACGCUGACCAAUCUGACUUUUCAGCUGGCCAUUAUCCCCAAAUCGAUUUACCUGCUCACCCGGCCCAUUGAAGUCCUCGAAGGCGGACAUUCCGUCCUGACCGUCUCCGACCUCAAAAUCGUGACUCGCUACUACGCCGACAAAGUCGACAGUUUCCUGAUCGUCAAAAUGCCCGUUCACGGCCACCUCCAGCUGAAGGGCGUCUCGGCUGAGGCCGAACCCUUGACUCGCUUUACUUACACGCAAUUGAUUGAGAAACAAGUUCUCUAUUGGCACGAUGGAAGUGAGGAGGCUAACGAUACACUGGAGAUUGUCGCCCUCGCUGGUAAAAAAGAAAGUCUUCCGGCCACUAUUCAGAUUCAGGUACGACCGGUGGACGAUGAAAGGCCAACGCUUGUCAACAACACGGGCAUUUUGGUUUGGCAAGGAUCUACCACAGUAUUGGAUAAAUCUCAACUCGGUGCAUCCGAUGUCGAUACGCUUCCGCAUUCUAUCGAGUUCUCUUUCGGGCGUGCGGAUUGCGGCUACAUGGCGUCGGGACCCAACUUGAGCGACCCGGUUACCACCAUCACUCAACAUCAAAUCGACCUGCACCAAAUUGCUUUUGUCCAUCAAGGGAGAACCAACUGCACUGUCCCUUUCAAUUUGACGGACGGCCAGUCGGCAAUGCCCAGUCAACAUCAUUUGCAGAUCAGCGCUCGCAAGAUGCAGGUGCGGUUGGUGCGCAAUCAGCGACUCCACGUUUUCCCGAUGAUGCAGCAGUCAAUCACAUCGGUUCAAUUGCUGGCCGUGACCAGUGGCGACAUAUUGACGAACCGCCAGCAAAACGUCCCCCGCUUCCAGGUGACUCGACCGCCGCGACUUGGGCGGCUACUCCUGGAACAAGCCGACGGUUCCACCAAACGGGUCACCAGUUUCACGCAACGCGAUCUCAAUCAAAGUUUGGUCAUCUACGAACACACGGAACCGUUCGCCGACGUCAGUGUCAACGACAGCUUCGUCAUUGACAUCAUGUCCGAUCUCAGCUCGCCGCUUCAACAGCAGCAGUUUAACAUUGAAAUUUCCGUCGCCACAAUGGCCGAAGGUGGACUCGACCGCUAUCUUGGUUUGGUUGCACUGGAGACUGAAGAAGGAGGCACGGCAAUUAUACGUGAAAAGAAUCUGAACUUGAGCGGAAUCGUCCAGCUGAUUAGCAGCUAUCAGGGCGUGCUGGCCACCCAACCGCCUAGAUUACGUCUGGUAUUAUCGCAAGCCCCGCAGCACGGAUUCGUGUCCGUGAGCGGUCGACGAGUGGAUCUCGGGAGCGAGAUGACAGCGGAGGAAAUCGCGUCUGGCCAAGUGGAAUAUCAGCACGACCAUUCUGAUACCUUGGAAGAUUGGAUCGGCCUGACCGUUCUGCUGCAAAGGCCGGAAAAGGGAUCCGAUCGACCGGACAUUCUUCUCUACAACGGAACGCUGCGCGUCAACAUCUUGCCCGUCAAUGACCAAAUCUUUCAACUGUUGACCAAAGCUCCGGCAAUGACGGUAGUCGAGCGACAAUGGAGAGCCAUCACAGCCGAAGUUCUACUGACGGAAGACGCCGACACAUCCGCCAAGGAUUUGAUCUACGACGUGAUUCAAGCGCCGCAAUUUGGCAAAUUGGCCUUGACGGCUGAAAACGCCACAACUUUAGCUAUGGCCGGAACUACGAUCGGGCCGCCGCUGGUCCGUUUCAGCCAAGAUGAUGUCAACCGAGGGCGGGUUGUCUUUCUGCACGACGGUACCAUGGAUCCGCGAUCGACAUUUUUCAUUUUCCGCGUAUCGGACGGCCACUUUAAAGCGGACAGCGGUGUUUUCAGCAUCCACUUUGAGCCGCUGACGCUCCGUUUCGUCAACCACUCCGUCAUUGGUAUCCAGCAGGGCCAAUCGACAGCCAUCGUUGUUAAUUCUUCUAUGGGCGCUGAAUCGAAUGGCCAGCGCCGUCACAUUUUUUACAAUGUGACAAAGGAGCCGGAAAACGGUAAACUUUACAUCAAUGACUUUCCCGUCACCACAUUUGGCCAGUCGAACAUCGACAAGGAGGAAUUGCUUUAUGUUCAGACCAACAUGACGGCUUCGUUUGACUGGUUCCAAGUGACCGUUUGGAACAUGGCCGUUGUGUUGGAGAGGCAGAUGUUCAAUGUUAGCGUGAUACCACUUUUGGCCAACAAUCCGAGUGCGGGCAAACGGCCUAUUCGCGCAAUUGCCGGAGAGAAAACGGCCAUCACUUUGGCCAUGCUGGACGCCGGACGGUUGGCCACGCUGACAAAUAGCAACCCGACUUUCACUAUCAUCCGCAAACCACGCUACGGCAAAAUUCGUAAAAUCGUUCCCUCCUCCAGCGGCAGUGGAAUGAAUCGACUCGUUAAACGCCAAUCGGGCAACGGUGGGGGCAACAAGGAAAAAGAUACUUACGUCUUCAGUCACGAAGAUGUCCAGAGUCAAUUCAUAUUUUACGUGGCGCGAAAAAUGGACAACCUGAAUGAGACCCACGUGAUGGACAGCUGCGAGUAUCGUCUGACGGCACCCAAUGUCCAGCCGGCUAUGGGUGUCGUCGAAUUUCUUCUUUUGCCCAGCGGAUCCGCCGGCUCUACUUUAGUUGCGGCCAGUAAAAACAGCAUAGACGUCAUUCAGGGCCAGCAAACUCCGAACCACAAUUUCGCCAACCCGCGCCAUCCAUCGUCGCCCGACAUUGUCACAGAAAACACUCUGGCUGGCCUCGGUCUGGGCGUCAUGACCAACGAUAUUUUCCUCAUCGUUGGGAUCGUCUGCGGCAUUUUGGGACUUGGCCUUGUCAUCCUCAUCACUAUCAAGUGUCGCAUGAAACCGCCGAUGCACAAACAUCCCAAAAACGAUCAAAACAAUCCAACAGCAGGAGACAUGCAGCUUUAUCGCUUGUCUGGAACUCUGAAGAAUUCUCACCAAAAGGGUGGCGUUUCGGAUUUCCAAGUGACGGACGCCUAUCGCAUCCCGGCCAACAUGCACCAUCACCCUCGCGAUUUCGCCGACACGGACAGCGAUCCUGAACCGCCGCCACCCCCAAGGCUCGACUAUCUGGAUCCACCCUUGUCUCCUCGCCCAUCACGAGCCCUGCGCGGAAUAGGCGCCAGCCCCAUCAGCGCCUGUAGCACCAUCAGUUCGCUGAACGGCCGACCGCGAGGAUCUUGGCAUCAGCCGCAGCAGCAUGACUUGUCGUCUGGAUCGUCCAUGGGUCCUUCGGUACCCCAGUGCAAGAUUAUUCCACUACUCAAUCCACUGCUGUCGGAGCGCUCUGAGUCAGAGACGUCGGAACUAGUCAAUGCCCGUUAUCCAUACGGGAUAGCCGACGAAAGUAUGGAAGAGUGGGCCAUGUUGGAUCCUGACGUUCAGUGUAGCAACUCCACUUAUUCCUCGCGUACCACCAACCCAAUGCUUAGGAAAAAUCAGUAUUGGGUUUAACUCGAUUUGACAGCCUAUUUACACGUAACAAACUUCAGUUGUGUUCCCUUUAGCUUGUAACAGUUGUUUCUCUAUAAAAAUGGAAAGAAAUGGCUAUAUCUGGUAAAUCUAUUGUACGGUCCAAACAUAUUGACAUACGGUAUGAUUAUUUUUGUUCUUAUAUUGUACAGUGUUUUAUGUUAAUUAGGUUUCAAUUGUAAUCUAACCAGUGACGGAGCAAGACGGAGACGGUGUUUCUUUUCCUGGGUACAAUAGGUAAAUAGCAUCCAGGUUGAGCAAUGCUGAAUUGAAGAUACUCCACGUAAGCCUAUCUUUCUAAUGGUAACGUUAAACUGUAAAAGCCAAAUGGAGAUAUAAGAAUACACAUGAAAUUAUCAAGUGAGAA